AUGGCUUUGUUUACUGGUGCUCUGCUUGCAGCAGUUAUAAUAGUAGUAGCAGGUGAUUGUACUAAACCACGGUCAGCAUUUACGGCAAAGAUGACAAGCAGCAUGGUCGGAGACAAAAAUAAAAAUUUACCUAUCGUCUUCGAUACAGUCUUGACAAACGUCGGCAAUGACUACAAUUCUGAAGAUGGCAAAUUUACUACCAGAAUUGCAGGAACGUACGUUUUCUCCUUAACUCUAAUGAGUGAGCACUCAUCUGACAGCCAUGUGUAUGGUUGUUUGCUUUUGAAUGGCGAAGACCAGGUCUGCGUCUGGUCCAAUGGACGCAACGGCUACGAGAUGUCAAGCAAUACGAUCACAGUUAAUUUGGAAUGUGGUGAUGUCGUUCACAAUAUCCUAAAAAAGAAUCGCAUUCGCUCACUUCACAACGACGGUCAAGCUGGAUACUGUUCAUUUACUGGCUUCUUGCUUUAUCCAGAAGUAUAA